CAAAUAGCAAAUCGAAUGCAGUUUGUGAAAUUGAAAUUCGAUUUUAUAUAACUCAUUGGAACGGAAAAAAUGUGUUUUAGUAAAAGUCUUAUCGUUAUCUUAUCACUGACGUAGCUUCGUUGCUAGCUCUACGGACUGAUUAAAGUAGUCGGUUGCUUCCUCGCCAACGAAUGUCGUAAUGCUCGCCCAGGCUACUUGAUAUCGAUUUAACACUUCAGAACGUGUGUCGCAAGGAACAAAGAUUCAUACCAUCAUGUUUGCCGGACUACUGGAUGCCGCCCGGAACUCCCCGUUCCGCACACCGUUCACACGCGUCCAGUGCGAGGAUGGUAGCGCCGCCAGCGUGGAGAAGGCCGUCGUGCCGGGCCGAUCGGUCCAGGCAGCGGCAAGCCGCGAGGUAGAGUUCGGUUCGAACGAAUUCUUCGGCCUGUGCGCGGUCGGCGGUAUCCUGUCGUGCGGUAUCACGCACACGGCCGUCGUACCGCUCGAUCUGGUCAAGUGUCGGCUGCAGGUCGAUCAGGCCAAGUACAAGAAUCUGUUCCACGGAUUCAAGGUCACCAUCGCGGAGGAGGGAGCGCGCGGUCUGGCCAAGGGAUGGGCACCGACCUUCUUCGGCUACUCGGCACAGGGUGCCUUCAAGUUCGGUCUGUAUGAAGUAUUCAAAAUCCAGUACGCUGGCAUGAUCGGCGAGGAGAAUGCUUACCUGUACCGUACCUGGGUGUAUCUGGGAGCAUCGGCUUCGGCUGAGUUCUUCGCCGACAUUGCACUAGCCCCGCUGGAGGCGGCCAAGGUUAAGAUUCAGACCAUGCCAGGAUACGCCAACACGAUGCGCCAGGCCAUGCCGAAGAUGAUGGGCGAGGAAGGCGUUAUGGCAUUCUACAAGGGUCUGGUUCCGCUGUGGUGCCGUCAGAUCCCGUACACGAUGAUGAAGUUCGCCUGCUUUGAAAAGACCGUUGAACUGCUGUACAAACAUGUCGUACCGAAGCCACGUGACCAAUGCUCCAAGGGUGAACAGCUGGUAGUAACGUUCGCCGCCGGUUACAUUGCCGGUGUGUUCUGUGCCGUCGUGUCCCACCCGGCCGAUGUGGUCGUCUCGAAGCUGAACCAGGCCAAGGGAUCGUCUGCGUUCGAUGUGGCGAAGCAGCUCGGCUUCAUGGGCAUGUGGAACGGUCUGACGCCGCGUAUCAUCAUGAUCGGUACCCUGACCGCCCUGCAGUGGUUCAUCUACGACGGUGUGAAGGUAGCCCUCUCCAUCCCCCGCCCACCACCACCAGAGAUGCCGGAAUCGCUGAAAAAGAAGCUGAACGUAGAGUAAUUCCUCCUCGGUGAAAGAGGGAAUCCAUUGUUUUGUGAUGGGUGCUACCACCUACACUCGGUAGUGGUGGUUUCGUGCUGAGUAAUCAACGGAACGGAAGAAAGAGCGAAAUGGUUUUGUUACCGGCGAAGGUUUUGAAAAGUGUGUUUGUGAAUAUUGUGUGCGUACAGUUAUUGAUAAUUAUGUGCGUGAUGCGAAAGUGGGGUUUGAAUCGGAGAUUCCAUCUACCGGACAUGAUAUUGAGAGUGUGAGCCGAACCUUGGUUCGCGACAGUUCUAACGACGUCUGUGUUUUACGGUAAAAGUGACCACUCGUAUGUGUGUGUGCGUAAGCGGCGGAUGGCAAUUAGCUAUUUUGUAAAAGCUUUCGAGCUUCGAGCUACACAGUGCGAAAACAACAACCACAUCAUCGUGAAUAAAAUCCUGAAACAAAGUGAAUUACGAUACGAUUAGUAACCAUA